UCAUCGUGUCAUAUGAAUGGAUUUAAACGGGUUUAUUACAAGUAUAAAAGCUGUCGUUUAAUUUUGAUUUUAAAAAAUAUUAACCAGAUGCAGCUUCGAAAAUGCGUCAUCUACUUCGAUUCAAAGCUUUUAAUAAAAAACUAUGUGAAUUCCGAAAGAACUGCGCUAAUUUGAAUAGAGGCUUGUGUACACAGAAAAAAACUAUAAAAAUUUUGGGUAUUGAAUCAAGUUGUGAUGAUACAGGCUUUGCUAUUGUGGAUAGCAAUGGAAAUAUUUUAGGUGAAGCUAUAAAUUCUCAAAUGCAAUUCCAUCUUAGACAAGGUGGAAUCAAUCCACUUGAAGCUCGUUUACUACACGAAAAAAAUAUCCAAAAAGUAUAUGAAGAAUGUUUAACAUCUGCAAAUUUAGUUUUGGAUGAUGUUGAUGCAAUUGCUGUAUCUGUUGAACCUGGUUUACCUAUGUCACUCACUAUUGGUAGAGAUUUUGCUUUAAAACUAUCAAAAGAAUAUGACAAGCCUGUAAUACCGAUUCAUCAUAUGAAAGCUCAUGCUUUAACAGUCAGAAUGAUAAAAAAUGUUGAAUUUCCAUACUUGGCAUUUCUUGUUUCUGGUGGACACUGUAUUCUAGCAUUAGUUCAGUCUGUAAAUGAUUUUAAAAUUUUAGGUCAAGCCUUAGAUAAUGCUCCAGGAGAAGCUAUGGAUAAGGUAGCUAGAAGAUUAAAACUAUCAAAUAUUCCAGAAUAUGCUAAUGUUUGUGGCGGUCAAGCAUUAGAAAUGGCAGCACGUAAAGCUGACAAUCCUGAUCAAUUCUUUUUUCCAGCAGCCUUAGCUCACUAUAGAGAUUGUAAUUUUAGUUUUUCUGGACUAAAAACUAAAGCUCAAAAACAUAUAUUUCAACAAGAAAGGGACUUCAAUGUUAUGGGUGCAGAUAUAAUACCAGAUGUAAACAACUUAUGUGCUGGAUUUUUAAUGGCAUACUUUAGACACAUGUGUAUGCGAGUUCAAAGAGCUAUGGAAUUUAUUGAGAAAAAUGAACUGAUACCAGAAGAGCAAAGAACUUUGGUUGUGUCUGGAGGUGUUGCAUCAAAUAACAUACUUGCAAAAGCGCUAUCAAAAGUAUGCGAAGAAAUUGGAUUUAAAUUUAUUAGGCCUCCACCAAAAUUAUGUACUGAUAAUGGUGUAAUGAUUGCAUGGAAUGGAGUUGAAAAAUUUGCGGUUGAUCUUGAUGUAGUGAGAAACAGAAAUGACAUUGAAAAAAUAGAUAUAAAGCACAAGUCACCGAUUGGUGAUGAUUGGACUGAUAUAGUUACUAAAGAAGGUAUAAAGAGAAAAUGGGUUAAACUUAAAUUCAAUGAAUUAAUUGAUUAACAUUGUUUAUUAAAACUAAAAAUAUGAUUAAUUUGUACAUAUUUGUAAAAAAUUGUCAACAUAAACAUUAUUGAGUAUAUUACAAAGAGUAUAUUACAAAAUG